GUGAACUUUGUGUUUGUUUACAUCGGCUCAAAGCGCUGAGUUUGCCGUGUAGACAGCGACUCACAUUUUAUUCGUUUAAGGCCGGUGAACCACAAACACAAGCAUGGAUCACAUGCUGCCUUCCCCGGGGUUCAGCAUCCCCAGCAUCGGGACACCGUUGCAGCACUCGCAGGAAGAGGAGAUGAUCCUCCCAGCGGCCCAGCAGCAACAGCAGCAGCAGUCUGCCCAGCAACACAGCCAACAGCAGCAGCAACAGCAGCAGGGGCAGCAGAUGGGGCAGCAGCCACAGACCUUUGGCAGUGGGUUUACGCCACACACCUUAAUGCAGCCACAGACACCAAGCAUGAUGUCUCCAGCUGUGGGUGGAGGUUCACAGGUUGGGGCCGGAAUGUUUGGUUCAGCCACAGGACCUUCCACCCCCAUAGGAGGACCCAUGACCCCUAUGACCCCACACUCGGCUGAUCCUGGCAUCGUACCACAGUUACAGAACAUUGUGUCAACAGUGAACCUCAGCUGCAAGUUGGAGCUGAAGAAAAUUGCACUCCACGCUCGUAAUGCAGAAUAUAAUCCCAAGCGAUUUGCCGCAGUCAUCAUGCGUAUUCGAGAACCUCGGACGACAGCCCUCAUCUUCUCCUCAGGCAAAAUGGUAUGCACAGGAGCCAAGAGUGAGCAAGACUCCAGACUUGCAGCAAGAAAGUAUGCGAGAAUAGUGCAAAAGCUUGGGUUCCCGGCCAAAUUCAUGGACUUCAAGAUCCAGAAUAUGGUCGGAAGCUGUGAUGUCAAGUUCCCUAUCCGACUAGAGGGUCUUGUUCUCACACACAGUCAGUUCAGCAGCUACGAGCCAGAGCUGUUCCCUGGCUUGAUCUACCGAAUGGUCAAGCCUCGUAUUGUACUCCUCAUCUUCGUCUCAGGAAAGGUCGUGCUCACAGGUAAGUUAUUUACUGAUGUGUUGCUAUUUGCAAUACCUGGUGGGAGGGAAACUGACACAUUGUGCAUAGAAAAUGGGAACAAGAAAGGAGAGUUUAUCAUUCUCUCCCUGGGAGCAUGGUGUCUCCAAGCUGUUGUGUCUAGUGGUGUGGGGUAUAGGCAGCACCAGUCCAGACUCUGGCUGUUCGAUUUUCAGACGCCACU